AUUAUCAGAAUUUAUGUGUUUUAUAUAAAAUGUGGAAUGAUGGAUCUUAAUGUAAAGAGAGAGAGAAGGAAAACAUGUUUUUUUUUUUGUAAUUAAUUCAAAUGAUAGAAUUUUUUGUGAUUUAUGUUAUCUUAAAAUGUGGAGCACAAAUUUAUAUUUUUGCUAAUAGUAUUUUAUAAGUUAUGUCUCGUACUUUAAAAAUUUUAUUACCCGGUCUAAGGGUAAAAAUUAAAAGUCAACCCAUUUAAAAACAAAAAUUAAAAAACAUCUCAUUUGAAAAGGCAAAUCAUAAUUAUUUAUAUUUCAACUAACUGAGUUCAAAUCAGCAAUAAAGCCAAAAAAAAAAAUGAGUACCAUCCCAAAAAGACGGAUCCUGUAUUCGAGAAUCCGAAUAGAGUCAGAGUCUAAUGUGAAUAUCAAAACAUCGAGUAAAAAUUAAAAAGAAUAUUUUAAAAAGUUCCCAAUUUGCCCCUUUAGCUUUAUAAACAAAAAAAAUAAACUAAUAAAGGGGCGUAUGAUAUAACCGCGCCUAACUCUUGAUUUUAAAUUAAAAAACCUGUUCCCGCUUUUGAUCAUUUUUUGAACUUCAAAAAAAAGAAGUUAUAAUUCCAAAUUCCAAAUAUAUUAAUAUUAACAAUUAACAAUAAAUAUAAUUCUAUAAGUUUAAUUCAAACUCAAUUUUUUUCUCAAAAUUAUUAUUAUGUCUAUGGAUAUGGAUCUUCAUCCUACACCAUUUCCAGGUAAAUAUCAAUCUGUGAAAUCAAGAUUCAAUAAAAACAUCUCAAAAGCACCAAAAAUCCAAUCCAAAGAACCAUCCAUUCCCAGGCAAAACAGAGUUUUUGGCACAAUUCGAAGCACGAAUGUUCCAACAAAAACAGUUGUUGAAAAGCCAUUAGCAAAAUCAUCAUCUGGUGUUUCUCAAAGACAACUCAAAUCACCAAAAAAGACUCAAUCUUUAACUGAUUCUGCAGUAAAUUCAGUAACGAAAAGCGCCAAGAAAGAAGAAAACAGAGCAAAAACAAGAAAGAAAAGUGUUUGUUUUCGAGAAAACAGAGAUGUUGCUGUUGCUGCUUCUGCUGCAGAGCCUAAAACACCGGUGAAAUCGCCUGUUUUGGCGAAGCCUCGACUCUCGGGAAGCACAACUCCAUUUCACAGUGCUGAGAAAUGCAGCAAAUGCAGAUUUGACAGAUUGGAAACGUCGAGUUAUUGGCUUUCUCAGAUCAAAUUAGCUGAAAAUGUCGAAAAACACUCUGUUUCUGCUGCUUUUUUUCAACUGGCUUUUGAUACCAAAGCUGAGCCCUUUCGAAACAUUUUGUUGGAAUUGAAAAGGUAUCUACGAAGACACAAGCAUUUAUCCGAGGGCAAAGAGUGGAAAGAGGUUUGUUUUAGCUAUGGUUUGUUGAAGGAUGAGAGCAAUUCUAAGGACAAAAUUGGAAAUAGUAGCAAGAAUAAGGAGAUUGAAAAAGAAAAAGAAGAAGAAGAAUUAAAGUGGUUGAAUUUGGAAGUUGAUGAAGAAUAUAGUAUUAUUCAAGAAGGAAAUGAAGUUCCAUUUUCACUAUUGUGUUGAAUAUUAUGUACUAAAGUUAUAGUAUUUGACUUUUACAUAUUAUAUAUAUAUGAAUGUAACUUGUAGGCUAGUAGUAAUAUGUUUUGGUUUUGUUUUGGAUUUGGUUUGUUCUCGUAGAUGCACGAUCAGACCUCUAUGUAACAAUUAUCUUCUAUAACAAUUACUUUUGUUUUUGUAUA